AUGUUCCGUUNUCACCUGUCCAUCGCCAAUAACACAACCAUCGGUGUAAUGGGCUGGCAGUCGUUGUGUCGCACUCUCAAAAAGACAGCUUGUUUGCAGUACCUCGAUUUAAGCAAUACCGGAUUGAAUGAGCAAAUUUUGCUUAUCAUGGGACGAACUAUUCGCGUUGGCUCGCAUUUGGUUACACUGCAUUUAGAAAAUGCCGGUCUUUUUAGCCGUCGUCUGGCAAUUCUGGUUUCCUCCAUCAAGUUUAACACCAGUUUGCGAGAGCUUUAUUUGGGAGAAAAUAAAAUCUGUUCAGCAGACUGCGUCCAGUUGGGCAACCUUUUGCGAGGCAAUGGCUUUCUCAACGUGCUCGAUCUGCGAAGUAACUUUAUUCAGGACAUUGGCCUGGAUCACAUCUGCGAAGGACUCGCUCACCAGCCAUCUUCAAGUUCUUUGUUUGACAUUUUCGGUCAUGAAAAUAAGCAUCCUCUUUCGCAAAACGCGGGCAUCCUCAUCCUCAAUUUGAGUGAUAACCAGCUGAGCAGUCGGGCAAUGAGUCGUUUGGCUCAAACUUUGUCUCAAUGUCGCUCUCUCAUUGGUCUUGACCUGUCUAACAACGCACUUGGAGAUGAUGGAGUCAUUAUUCUCAAAGAAGGUUUGCAGCAGUGCAAAACGCUCAAAUACCUCAAUCUCUCAAAUACAAGCAUUACUUCAGAAGGCUCCAAUGCUAUUGCCGACGUAAUUAGUCACAGCUCAAGCUUAUCCAUAAUCGACCUCAGCAAUAAUGACAUAACACACGAUGGUUUUGUGUCCAUUAGUCAAGCACUCAAGAGCAAAGUUGGCGGCGUCACCAAGUUGGUUCUUUGUCCACAAUCGACCUACCCACCGAGCGAUGGAUCAAAGCCCAGUGCUGACACUGAAGAGCUCCUAGAGGAGGUUGACGCGCUCUGUGAUCGUAACAAAUCAGAAGCAAAGUUUGACGAGUUGGACGAAAUUCUCAGUGGACACCUGAGAAGCGACAUUUCUGUGUACAGUGAAAUUGAGAUGAACAAUGCCAGUGCACUCAAUGACAGCAACAACAACUUCAACUACAGUAAUGAUGAUAGUUCCAGUCCAUUUUACUGUGAUAACUCGGAAGGUGGACCAAAUGAAGAGACGGAGGAGGAAAAUCAAGUGGGCCCAGGCGCCAGCAAGAAACCAGUCCUCAUGCGCACGGCUAGUUUAGGCUCCUGGGAAAGACCGGUCAAGUCGGGUCGCUUCAGCGUCUCUCCGGUAGACCUCAACUGUGAGGAGGGCAGCCUCUCAGGGCCGGAAAUUCAAAUUAACGUUGAUAUGAUCACCGGAGUUGACGGUGGCCCUGAGGACUGCAUUGCCGUCACCGUCAGUGGCACUGACUCAGUAGAGACGAGGAGUUACAGCUCGGAUGAUGACAAUGCCAGCGAUUUGUCGCAGAAUGAGACUGACUGUCUCUGUGAACUUCCCAGCAAGCAGGACCUGUUUGGCUCAAUGGGUAUGUCCCGCUUGGCACCACCACAACGAUCCUUUCGGCGAAUGAGUUCACCAGCCAUUCCUGCCGGUCUGGUCAAGGCGCCCAAGCCCAAGCCGAAUCUACAACUGAAACUGUCCGGCAACCUAGAAAGUCUCGAUCUCAAAAGCUCCCUACCCUUGUCGCCAACAUUUUUUGCUAAAUUCGACUUUUCCGACCUUUCUCUGCUUCGAUUACCUGCCGAUGUGGAGGAAAUCAUCUCCAACUUGUCCAUUCACAACAGUGACUCUGAAGAGUUAAUCUUCCAGUUUGAACAGGAUUUUCAAAGUAGAAGCAAAGCACAAUCUGAACA